UAACGCGUGUGCGCGCGUGUGCGCGUCCUCGAGGAAACUGGGCACACAGAGAGCGAGUCUCGCGCGCUUGUGAAAACUCCGCGCACGAGCCGAGCUGAUCAGAGUUUCCGUGGAAACGUUUCACUUCCUGAUACACAAAAUCCACACAUAAGCCGUUUAGUGACCGAGCAGUGAGCCGGGAACGCUUUUCCUUCUGCUGGAAGUUGGAUGGUGAGUGUGGAGGAGUGGAAGGAGAACCGGCUCGCGACCGGGAAGGAGCUGCGCGUGCAGGCGGACUGCAGGAAUAAUCAUCACAAUAAGUAAUAAUAAUAAUAAUAAUAAUAAUAAUAAUAAUAAUAAUAAUAAUGAAGCGCUUUUGUGGCGCAUUUUUCCACUUUUAAACACCGAACACGAGGAUGCUGUGAGGAUUUCUCUCAUCCACGCUUAUGGAGAUGUCUGAGUGCGUUUGAACGUCUGCCAUGGCACUGAAGGAGCUUCCUGUACCUGGAGUUAUAAUUACUGCUGCUACUGCUGUGGUGCUCUGCGUCUUUGGUGGAGUCGGAGGCGAGCGGUCCACACUGCGGGUGAAACAGGGAGGUUCGGCGCUGCUGACUUGCCCCCUCAGUCCUCCUGCAGAAGUUUCCUCGGCUCCGCUGCACGUAGUCGAGUGGGUCCGUCGGGAUUACGACAUUCCCAUCCUCAUCAAGUUCGGAGCACAUGCACCACGAGUGCACCCCAGAUAUGAAGGUCGGGUGUCUCUCGCCAAGGGGACGGCUCUGAGGGUGGAGGGUCUCGUCGUGGACGACGAAGGCUGGUACGAGUGUCGCAUCCUUCUGCUGGAUAAAUCCUCAGAGGAGACACGUAACGGCAGCUGGGUGCUGCUCUCGGUCACAGCCCCACCUGUGUUCAGCGAAACUCCGCCCUCAAUCACUGAAGUCUUCCUCGGCAGACCAAUCACAUUGAAGUGUGUUGCCCAUGGCAACCCUCCUCCUACCAUCAAGUGGUAUAAAGAUGGUGUUGUAAUGAACCAGACCAGCAAUGUGAAGGUUCUGAACGGGAGUCUGACUUUCUCUUCUGCAAGCAGAGAGACAGCAGGACGUUACCAGUGCCAAGCCUCUAACAGCGAGGGAAAUGCAAUUCACACCAUGCAGCUCGGGGUCAAAGGUCCUCCUGUUAUCCUGAUUCCCCCGACGGACACCGUCCUCAACAUAUCCCAUGAUGCCUUGCUGCGGUGCCAGGCCGAAGCCGAUCCUCCCAACAUGACCUACGUGUGGAUGAGAGACGGAGAGAACGUCUACCAUAUAGAAUCUCUGAAGUCUCGUGUGAAGGUGAUGGUAGACGGCACUCUACUCAUAUCCAGAUUGAUCCCAGGGGAUUCUGGGAAAUACACGUGCAUGCCCACGAAUGGCCUUCUGACUUCGCCCACUGCCUCGGCCACGCUUACAGUGCGACACCCUGCGCAGGUGACCCAGAUGCCCGAGCGGAUCUUCCUCCCUACAGGAAUGAAAGGAGUGAUCUCCUGCCCGCUGGUUUCUGAACCCCCGCUGCUCCGAGUGGAAUGGACCAAAAAUGGAAAAGCGCUGGACCUCAACGCUUACCCAGGCUGGAUCCUGACAGCAGACGGUUCCAUCGUUAUCACCACGGCUAAUGACGACGCAGUCGGCGUGUACACCUGCACUCCGUAUAACAGCUACGGGACGAUGGGCCGAUCAGAGCGCACCACCGUCAUCCUGCAGGACCCUCCAUCUCUCACACUCGCACCGCGUAAGGAGUACAGGGCGGAGGUGGGGAGGACGCUGAUUAUUCCCUGCCAGGCACACGGAGAUCCUCCACCUACAGUCACGUGGACCAAGCUCAGUCCCUCUGUCUCUCGCCCUCUGUACUCUGUAUCAGGGAACGGUUCUCUGCUCCUUCAGUCUCUGAGUAAAGAGCAUUAUGGUGAGUGGGAGUGCAGUGUGACGAACCGAGUCUCCACCAUCACGGCCACCACCACCAUCACAGUGCUCGGUACGAGUCCCCAUGCCGUGUCCUCCGUGUCUGUUGAAGUCGGAGUAAACCAGGCCAAUGUGUCCUGGGUGCCUGGAUUUGAUGGAGGACAUACACAAACUUUCACUGUCUGGUUGAAGUGUAUGUGUGCAGUUGAGGAGCAGCAGGAGUGGCGCUCGGCUCCUGGUCCAUCUUCCAGCACCAGUGUGUUGGUCAGUGACCUCCUUCCUUCCACCGAAUACCAGUUCAGCGUGAUGGCUCAGAACAAGCUGGGCAGCGGCCCAUUCAGUGACAUCACCACUGUCCGAACCAUGGACGCACUUCCUACAUCGUCCAAGCUGGAGCCGCCCACGCUGCUAUCCUUCAACCAGAGCUCUGAGGGUGUUUAUCUACGGUGGGCAGUGCCAUCGCCUCAGCAGCUACUUAUCGACAGUUUCGUCCUCCAGUCACGCCUUGAGGAGGGGGAGUGGUCGACCUUGGAUGAGGACAUCAGUGCGAAUAAGAGUGAAAUACUUGUUCAGGGAUUACAAAAGAACUGCAACUAUGAGCUACGACUCCUGUCUCGCCGUGGAGAGCAGCUGAGCAUGCCCAGUCACUCGAUCAAUGUCUCCACUCUGGUCAUGGACAUGUAUCCUCCAAGUUCACGCCUCCCAGGAGUGGACCCCCAGCCACUAUGGGCUGGAGUCGUGAUUGGGAUGGGUGUCUUGUGCCUUUUGCUUCUUAUCGUUUUGGUCACAGUGUGUCUAAUUGGCCGUAAAAGAAGCCGGCGACACAGGAAGAUGAUGCGGGAUCACCCCCCUGCUCCAUCUAGGAAAGCUGGCUCAGCCCCUGACAGCCCUGACAGUGUACUAAAACAGAAGCUCCUCCCCCUUCGCCCACUGUCCAGUUCCUCCUCCUCCUCAGACCACUCCUCCUUGGACAAAUCCAACCGCAACGAUUGUCCUGACCAGAAACAGCACCAGCUUCCCUGUACCCAACCCCCUUCCCAGGGUUCAGUACCUGAGAAUCACCUCCAUCGUGCCUCCACUGUGGAGCUAAUUCACCGUGGGCCAGAUGGCCGAUUCAUGCUUGAGCCUUAUGAAGAACUUGGCACUUCAGAUUAUGCUUCAUCCAAGCAUGAAAUGUCAAGGCAAGGCUUUUCCCAUUCAUCUGAGCGACCUGGAGAUGCCACACUUCGUAAAUCGCAAUCUUUGCGCUCUUACAGGAGUGAAAGAAGACAUCCUCCUUUUGUCCUUUCUGUGGACAUGCCCGCUUGUGGAUUGGACAUUUCUCCUUCUGGCAGAGCGCAAACGUUGCCCAGCUAUGGCUGCUACUCUGUGUCUCUGGGACAGGAGAUCUCAAAUAGGUCGAGUCUGUCCUCCCAGACCAGCGGUUCAGUUCUCUACUCACCAUCGGACAACUGUUCAACAUUAAAGCAUGGCGGCACUCAUUCCACAGCCAGCACACUUGUUCUGCAAAUGGAGCAUGAAAGAGAACAAGGCAACCUUAGCCGCUGUCUUAGGCUGGCCCGAGAGAGAGAGGAGCUGGAGCGAGAGUUGCGUAAGUACACUCUGGAUCGGAACUUUGAAGUCAAGAGAGGUGGGUCACUCCGAGUGGAGUGCAAGAGGGAAAUUGAAGAUAAUGUGGAAACAGCCUGGAAAAGCAGAGGAACAGGAUCCUUGCAUGUUACACAACUGUCUGACAGAGGGCAGUGUCUAUCCAGUAACACUAUUAAUCCAAGAGUAAGAGCUUCCUCUUGUAUUCCGUGGGAGGCUGGAUAUAUAAUGUCUCCCAGUAAUCUUGUACAAGCACAGAAUUGCCACGAAAGGACUUUUGAGUGCCUGAAGGACUCUCAUUUAAACCAAAUGUCAAACCACAGGAGGUCUAAAAGUCUAGAGCGAGGGGAGCACCAAAGAUCACGUGUUAAAGAUCAGCAGCGAAGGCGAACCAUGACUGAAGGUGCCCCUGUCAAUUUUGAUAAUAAACCUUUAGACCCAACAUUGGAAAGAUCUCAUUAUAGUGUGGAUGGCAGCCUGAAGAAUCCUGGAGCCUACAGUCGCAGUCAGCAACAUAUUUCCCCAAGAAUGAGUCACUUAGGAGAUACACAGCAAGAAGGAAAAGCAGAGAAAAGCAGACGGCAGGCUGGCUGUGCAACUGAUUAUGUGGAGAUGUGUGUGGAUGAGCCAGAGAUACAGGCUCAGACUCCCCUAACAAGGUUCAUGCCGCGGUCCAUGGAUUCUCAGAGACCCAGUUUAUAUCAGCUGCAGAAGGAGACAGAAAGACAAUCAGGGUACAAAACCAUUCCGAGAGGCUUGAGAAGAGACUUGGAGAGGAUGAGUAAUGGGUCAAGCAGAACCCUUCCUUCAAAACAUCGACAAAGACCAGCUUUCCAAGAUGGUCUUAGUGGGGGUUCCCAAGAUAUAAAUCACCACAAAAGUGCCCCUAGUUUGGAUGAAAAAAUGUACAGUGAGCAAUUCCUGCCCCCUGAUGCUUGGAUUGACUCCCUAAGCAUGGGGCAAAAUUCCUCCAUGUCUCCUUUUCCAAGUGGAGAGGGGAACCGGAUGACGCAGAGUCAAGAAACUGAAACAUGUGCACCUUCAGAAAUUCAGCAUCAAGAAUCCCAUCAUCUGCAGGACUCUAAUAGUGCCUCUACUGCUGAUCAAGACUGUCAGCGCCACAGUCCACCUUCCAUUCCGUUAGAGGAUUCCAGCUGGCCUCCAAUGCAUUGCUACUCCCCAGAACCCGAGGGAAGUUGCCGGAGCUAUGCCAGCCAUAGCAGUGGCAGAGGAAGUCUGGAUCAGCCGAGCAGCAGGCAGUCUCUGUCUUUUAGCCCCCCUCUAAACAGCUCCCUAGAGAUCCCUGAGGACAGCGAUAGAGAUGAGGCUGGGCAGCGCUCGCUGCAGGAAUGCUCCAGGAGAGAUUCCGUUGAUGAGAACUAUGAGUGGGACUCACACUACGUCUCCAUGAACUCUAAUGACCUGAAAACGUCAAUCAGCGCAGUCUGCCUGCAGGGGGAGAUCCUGAACAAGGGAAGACGGAGGAGUGCUGUGAACGACAGCAGGCUGGCCUUAAAGCAGGAAAAGAGAGGUCUGUAUCGCUCGGUUAGCAUUUUGCCCCCCAGCUGUGAAGAGUCUCUCCUGGAGCGGGAAAUUCAGCAUGGCACCAUGUGCUACCCCGACCCUAAUCCUGAUGCUGAUGCUGUGCUAUUCUGAGUCUUAAAGUGUAAAACAGGAUCCUCUGCACCAAACAUGUUGGACCAGAGAGCAAAGAUCUUGUCGUCACACACCUUGAAACACGAGAGACUCGAUGACGUUGAUGAGAAAUCAACAAAGCAAAACAGAACCAAGAUGCAGAACUUGAUUUUUACCAGUUUUUGCUCUCAGUGUUCAAAGAGUUUCCUCACCACAGAUAAGCAGUAAAAAUGUUCGCUUUCCGUUCCGCUUUAUGCGACUUUAACGACUGUUAGGAGGAAAUAUGCAAAUGAAGACAGCCUGAUAUUUUCCUGGACAAGUCCAGCAGUCAUGACAUCUCCAGUGACAUUUGGAUUCAGGAUAAUUUCACCGUGGAAUUGAGGAGAGCGACUCUGAUUGGUUGCACUCCCCACACUCAAAGGAUGAAGGAAAUGAAUCCCUCGUUUCAUCACUCGUCUGAGAUUACACCAAGGAGGAAAGUGACUCAAGAACCUGCUCUAAAUAGGCUGCUCUGCUCUUUUGGCACUGUGAUUCACACUUCCUGUAUCUGCGAAUGAUAAAAAAAAAAAAAAAGUUUAUGCCAAGGAUGGAACAGGUCUAAAUCGAGGAAGGUCGCCAGUCCAGAUGGUCAGAAUCGGGUAUUUUUGAGUGUUUCAGAUGCAGUGUGAAGCAAACUUUCUGCAUGGUGGUUAGCUGUGGACAUCGAUAUCGAUCUGUGCUUGGAGACAGAGCAGUGGGAUUAAAGGCCUGGUCAGUUAUGAGGAAAAGUUCUAAAGCGAAAGCUUUCUUUUUGCACUCAUUGCCUUUGAGAAUAACAGAUGAGAGGAUGUGAACUGUGAUUGGUGCUCUGAGGGCGUAAGAGGUGAUCCAUUAUAUAAUGUGAAAAUGGCUUGAUGGAAGGGUUUGCUUUUUCAAAACAAAACAAAAAAACUUACAUGAAGGAUUACAGUGAAAAGGACAACCAAGAUCAGACUUAACUGUUUACUUCACAUUUUUUACUCAACAUGAAUAUAUUCACUUUAUUUUUCAAAUUUGCUUUCAAAUACAUUAAGCCUCAUUUAUCAAACCAUAUAGGAAUAGAUUUAUUUGUAAAUUAUUUGCAGGGGCAUUUACACAAGAAAUGUGGUUUCAUUGUAUACUGUAUCAUUUGUAUAAAUUUGUGUAUAAUGAGACUCAUUAAUGGGAACCUCGACUGAUCAGCUUCAAAACGUAUAAUAAUUGUCAAUGCGAUUUUAUAUACGGAUUACGCUAUCAAGUUUAAAUCACUUAUUUAUUUAAAUUCCACACCAAUUUAAUGAAUAUUUUGUGAAAAUCAGUUGCUUGACAUGAUAGAAAACAUCUCUAAAUUAAUACUAGCCAUUCCAUUAAAACAUAAGUAAUGGAGCCUUAAAAAAAGAGGAGGAGUUAGUGUGUGUCUGUGGUGGCUGAAGCACUGCAAUGGCUGAGCUGCAUUAUUGGAUUUAGAAGAUUUAGUGCAUGUCGCACAUAGAAGGCUCUCUUCCGCUGUUUAGUCAGCAUCUUGACGCUCUCUGUGAGGUUUGCAUUUUAUGGAGUUUUGUAGGUGUGGCUGAAUGUACAUGUGGCUUGAACACGCUCCUUAAUUUACAGAUGAUUGGUGGUUAUCAACAAACGCACGAGUACAAAAAAUAUCAGCGUUAUUCUGUGUACUUUUGUAAAUCUGGUGGGAAUAUUUAGUUCCAGUAUUUCGUUGGCCUACAAAAAGAAAGAUUGAUAAAUGAAGCCCACUGUGCGAUGAACCCUGUAAGAACAGCAAUUUAAAAAAGUUAGUGAAAGCACACACUUUGCCAGACAUAAUUCUUUUAUAAAGACACAGGAUGUGGAACAGUGCAUUAAAUGUCAGCUUAGUUUCCAGGGGAACACACACACAUACACACACACACACUCCUUUAAACUCUGUGGAGUGUAUAGAUCUGCACUGAGAGCAAAGCACGAAAUGUCUCUUGUGGUAUCAUCGAUAUCUCGAUUGCAGUGGUCAUUAAAGUAGCCACACCAAUCGCAAUUUUUUUUAAUUUUAACUUAAGAAGCCUGGGAAGAGAUGGAGCUGUACGACUUAAAACAUACAAUAGGUGGAACAUUACAUAUAUAGAAUAUUUUGCUCAGUUGUCAAAGACUGUAGUGUAUCACAUAGUGCAGCGUUUUCCAAAACCGUCCUCUGGGAUUCCAGAUCCAAAAUUUCCAUUCAUCUGUUUUCAGCACUGAAAGCUGAAAAUGAGCAAAAACAUGGAGUGAUUUGGGAAACGGAGACGAGCCUCAGUAAGUUGCUGAAACAGAGUCAUUUGUCUUUGAGGGUUUUGUAUAAGAGAGGAUUAAGUAUAAUUACACAUUGUAGGAUUUCACAGUCAGUAAUCUUAUGUGAAAGCUUCUGUCACUGUAAAAAAAAGGAAAAAACAACUUGACAGUUUCCAUUUUUUGUAAUAAUUGUAGCUCACUCUGUUAUGUAGAAUUGAAAAUUAAGAUUAAAGAAAAGCCUGAAGACAAUCAAAGACGAAAUGAUAGACAUCUUCAGCAUAGUCAUUAUUUUUAUCCUGGUUCAUAACUUUUUUAAAAACUCUUUUCUUUCUUUUUUUUUUUAAACCUGCCACCAUUAUCACUCCCACAGACCUCAUUAGCAAUUUUUUGGACUGUUAAAGACAGAAAAGGAAGAAAAAAAGGGAAUAAAUAGAAGAGAAAGAGCAAAUGAAUGAAUAAAAAAAAUUAGAAGAAAUUGUAAUGGUAAUGUCCAUCAAGAAAUCAAACACAAUCAUGGAAAAAUCUCUAGACUACACAGGCUGCGUGAACAGAUUAUGCAUCUAGGCUAUUAGCUUUUCAUUCACUGUUAUCUGGCGGACAAGCAAGUUCCUUUUUUUUCUUUACUUCACUCAUCUAACAACCAGAGAAAUAAACCUUCCUAUCAACUUUCGCAAAGCAACACCUUUAAUCUGAUUUGUUUGUUUAUACAUAAACAUGCUACAACUAGUUCAUAUAUUUCUCAGUAGUGCUAAAACAACUUGACGCUAAUUGUUUUCGAAUCUUCCCACCUCCUGCGCUACUCGCAUGACCCCAGGAUGCGCUCUUCCUUUUUUUAUUAGCCAUAAUAAAAUAAUCAGCUUGAACAGAUGCUAGACAAUCAUCAGAAUCAGGAUGUGGAAAAAAUGACAUACUGUAAAUGAGCAAAAGAGAGCACAGUGUAGAGAAAAUAAACUCUAACGCGAGACAGUCACUUGGCAUUUCUACAUGAAAAAAAUGAAGCCGCUAGCUCAAAGAGCUAAACACUGUGUUUUUGUGUUCUUUUUUUUAACAUAAUGAUUAUUCAGUACUUAUAAGAGUUUCCUCUUAUUCAGUUCUGAGCAGGGGAAAUACGAACAAAUAAAUUAGCCAAGAAAAUGUCAUGUCUUGAAAAACCGUAUGUUUUUCUCGCAGCUAUGCUGAACAUGAACGCUGUGCUUGCUUCUGCAAUCCUGCGAUGUGAAUCAGUAAUACUGCUGCCUGAUUAAGCGGAUCCUGUAAUCCUGUCCUUUAAAAAUUCCCAGCAGCCCCUUCAAAUCAUGAAAUGAGAAAUGAUGUGUAAAAUGAGUUUCAUGAGCUGCUUUACCUACACUGCAGACAGCGUACAAUUGUUUCAUUCUGUUUUUUAUGGUAAAUUAGGUACACGAUGCACGCUUGCUUCAGACCAACUGUGAUCAACGUUUACGCUAAAUCAGGAGUGUUAAUGAAGUGUCACGUUUCCAUCCAGCUUUAUUUUCUAGCAGACACUGAAAAUUAGUCACGAAUGGGAACAGAUUGAAACUGCGUUUCUCAGCGUAUUAAAGCCAUUUCGUGUUUGUAUGUAAAGCACCAAACCAUGUAAGCCAUAUUGAAAUGCAUUUUACACUACAGCUCUGUUGAAUUCUCGAUUCUGAUUGGUCAGAAGGUGUUGAUUAAGUUUCUAUAACAGUGCUCAUUCUAAUAUGUUAUCAUUUCUAUGGUAACAGCUCAUUCACAGGGAUUGAUGCUCCACAUAAAAGUGUGUAAAGUUUUCUGUACGGGGAUGUUCAUUUAACGGAAGGAGUCUCCAGUGUCAGUGCUUUGUAACAGUCAGAGUUAUCGUGUUAACUUUAAGUUUUCCAACAUUUUCAGGGCAGAGGAGUUUAUGCUUUGCGCUUACGAAUGUAUAUAGCUGCUCUAACAUCAGCGACAUAGCUGCUCUAACAUAAGUGACAUCAGGAAUUAAUUUUUUUUUUGCGAACAUUCCACAAUAUUAAUUGUAACUAUAAAUGGAUAAUAAGUAUGAUCUAUAGCUCUUGGCAAAUUGCUGUCAUAUAGGAGAGGAAUAAAACACUUCAGGCUGUGCUGUUGUAGGAAAAUAAUCAACUUUCAGGUGUUAACAGUAACAGUUACCUGUUGCAUCCUAUCCCAUGGAACAAGAAUAAAUUCACAACAAGAAUAAAUUCACUGCGUAACGUACAACCGCUUUAACCGAUGCUUUAUUCUACUACGACCAAAGCGUGAAGGAAGGACGCACGCAACGACGCACAUUUGUUACACAUGCUCUAUUUUGCUAACGAUAUUUUUGUACACUACUGUUCAUGUGAUCGUGUUGAAUGCUCAGUUCACAUGAGCUUCAUUUUUUUAUUUUACAUUUCUUUGCCACCAUGAAAUGUAAAUAUUCUUAUAUGUAAAUGUUGAUAUAACUGAUCAACUACCACAUGUUGUCUAUCCAAAUUUUAGAGUAUUUUUCUAGAGCAGUUUUUUUUUCAUAUUUCUCUUUAAAAAGCCUGGGUUCAUCAGUAAAUAAGAGUACAGUUACAGAGCAGCAAUAUCUCCAGCUGUUUAAACCAAACCAAACUUUGUUACAGCUUUGUACAAUGAUUUUCUUCUCAAGGUCACAUUGGAUAUUUCUGUGUGAUGAUUUUAUACAUUAAAAGUAAAUGAUUACUAGUAGUUGGGGUGUGUGUGUGUGUGUGUGUUUUUUUUUCUUAACUGAGGAGUUCUUCCUUCAUUCCAGGCGAUUAAAUUAAAAAAUCCAGUAACAGCUCAUUAGGCCUUCUAAUGGCAGGAGCCUACACACACACACACACACACACACACACAACAAGUGCUCCACCAUCCUCUAGGAUGUGCUGUACCUAUACACACACACACACACACACACACUCCUACACAGUUCUGUUUAUUUAAUUUUUGUACUGAAAAAGUUACAUUAGAAGCAUGUCUCAGCUGAUCAAUUACACUUGGGCUAAAGGGCAUGGGGGCAUUGUGUGCACUGUGUGCACUGUGUGCAUUUUAAGACUAAAUUAAUCUUGCAAAUGACAGUUUAAUCCAAAUUUGUCCUGCUGUUC